CUGACAGUUGACACUUAUUCCAAAAUUUCUAACCAAAGUUUUAUCAAAUCUAUAAAUAUUUACGAAUGUUUAGAAGUAUUUAGUGCAAUAAAAGCAAUUUUUUAUAAAUAUGUGAUUAAAUAAUAUUCAAUGGCGACUCCAGACCAUUCAGACAAUGAAAAUCAACAUAAUGUUCGAGAAAUUGACCACAGUGAAAUACAACAGUUAGAGAUUGUUGGAGAGGGCAGUUUUGGUGUAGUAUAUAAAGGAAUAUGGAACGAAACAUAUGUAGCUGUAAAAAAUAUAUCUCGAGAAGCAGAAAAAAAGGCAUUCCUUGUAGAGGUACGACAAUUGUCAAGAGUUGACCAUGAAAAUAUUGUAAAAUUAUAUGGAGCCUGCACUAAGGGACUCCAAUUUUGUCUCGUAAUGGAAUAUGCAGAAGGAGGAUCACUAUUUAAUGUUUUACAUCGCUCAAAUCUACAGUACACAUUGGCUCACGCAAUGUCAUGGUCUUAUCAGUGUGCAAAGGGUGUUGAAUAUUUACAUGGAAUGCAGCCAAAGCCACUCAUACAUCGAGAUUUAAAACCUCCUAAUUUAUUACUAAUUAGUGGAGGCAUACAUUUGAAAAUAUGCGAUUUUGGGACAGCAGCCGACAAGAACACCUAUAUGACAAAUAACAAGGGAUCAGCUGCUUGGAUGGCACCUGAGGUUUUUACAUCUUCCAAAUAUACUGAAAAAUGUGAUAUAUUUAGCUGGGGCAUAAUUUUAUGGGAAGUGACUUCCCGACGAAAACCAUUUUACAAUCAAGGUGGAUCAGCAUUUAGCAUAAUGUGGGCCGUCCAUAAAGGAAAGAGGCCACCUUUGCUAAGAAAUUGUCCCCCGCCUAUAGAAAAUCUGAUGACGGAAUGCUGGGAUCACGAUCCAUCAAAGAGGCCCAGUAUGCAAGAGAUAGUAAAGAGGAUGGAGAAAAUUUGUUAUCUUUUGCCUGGGGCUGAAAAACCAAUUCAGUCAUCAGAACAGUUUUACGAAGAUGGUUUGGAGGAAGAAGAAGAAGAAGAAACUGAAAGUGAUGAAAUUUGGAACCAUGAGAGCACUAAUACAAAUGGUGACAAUAGCAUCGUUAAAACCCUACCUCAACCUCCUCCAGAUUAUAAAAAUCCUCCUACUGUGGAAUGUGAUGCGAAUGCCUGGGAUCUGGACGACAGUUAUGAGAUUCAAACAAUGCAUGGUCUGGAUAGAGUAAUCCCCAAAAAUGGUACCAAAAUCGAAGCAGGUUUACAAAGGACCAGGACAAGUACCACCCACACAAACCAAGAUAUUAGCAACUUGCUUCUGGAGUCCCUGGAUCCACAUCUCAGACCUGCCUCACCUGACUAUUCCGAUCCAAAAUCCGUAGAGCUGUAUGAAGAACAUCAAAAGCUAGCUGAAGAAUACUGGAAGGUACAAACAGAGCUAGUAAUGAUGACCCAAAAGAAAAACCAACUUUUAGCCGCAGAGGCAAAAGACCAAGAGAGACAGAUGCAUUUGAAAGCCCUCCAAGAAGAAAAAGAAUCUUUAAGGCUAGCGAGGGAUCUCUUGCAACAACAACGAGAAAGAUCCUCAGCACCUGGUAAUUCCUCGAGAAAUUCCGGGGAUGAAUGGGUUAUCGUACCUAGGCAAGAAGAAAGAUAACUUUUAAAAAAUCACUUAAUACUUGUUUUAAUGUUAAGUCUAUUUUAUAAGACAAAUAAUGUAACAAUGUCAAUGGUACUUAAGAAAAAGUACCUGUCAUAGCAUUUUAUUUUUUUGUUAAAAUAAGAUGCAUUCUUUAACUUACCAUGAAUUUUAAACUGUAUAUUUGUAAAAUAUUUUUUAAACUGAUAUUUUAAAGUGUGAUUUAUAGUAUUUUUUAUGUAUAUAUAAAUUAUG